UUUGAAUGGGCAUGGGCCCUCGUAUAUAUUGUGUGUAUAUCUGAUAAAUGGAGCAGAGCAACGUUUAUGGGCUAUAUGGCCAGCCAAACAUGGCGGACAAUCUAAUCGCAAGCGACUAAUCAAUUGCGUGCCAAACGGCAAACUAUGGCCAAUACUAGGGCCCCCAGGAAACGUAGUUGGUGGCUGUUCGUCGCGUCGUUCUGAGUUUCUACCUUACAAUGCACGGAUCUGAGCCCACGAUGGACUGGGGUAGUAGCAUCGGACUGCAUGUGGCCAUCUACAUGGCCCUGGUCUUCCUUUUCUUCUGCCUCAUACCCCUGGCCUGCUACUACAUACGCGUGGAGAGCCAAACUCUGGCCAAGAUCUGUCAGCCACGAUGUCGACGUCAGCAGAGUCGCGGGAAUGGGAAUCGGAUUCGAAAUCGAACUCGAACUCGGAAUCGGAGUCGGAAUCGGAGUCGGAAUCGUCAGCGAUACGACAUCGGAAUUGACCGCCAGGGCAAUGCGUUCAACGUGCCGGAUGAGCCCUCCGGCAACCGCUAUGGCGACAUAUUCUUCAUUGAGCCCGGCAGCGUGGAGGCCAACCGCAUCCGCGACCAGCUGGAGAAGGACGAGAAGGACUUGCCCAGCUACGACGAGGUGAUGCGCAUGUGCAACCUGACCACGCCCACGGCGGCGGCAGCGGGGACGCCACAGUCGCCCCUUGGCGAAGUGCCCGCUCCCAUUGGGAUUGCGGCACUGCCCGCUCCUCCGUACUCAGAGACUGAUCCUCAGGCGGCGGCUGCCGCCGGAGGAGCCACUGUCAUUGCGAUGGAACCCGUGGAGCCCUCCACCUCGAGAGCCGCACAAACUCCGCCUAGCUCUGGUGGCUGCGGGCCACCUGCUCCUCCGCCAACUGCUGUGUGAUCCGCCGGAGACACGGAGUCGCCGGGAUAUGGACCUGAAGCAUUCGCCGUGCCACUCUGGGCCACACAGAUGCCAGUUUGUGUGCGCUUUCAGUACAGAAAUGAACUUGUGUGAUCUUAUUGAGUACUACAUACCUUGUUAAGCGGUAGAGAUUAAGUGCCCAGCUAUUGUAAAUAUAUAUUUUAAGCGUCUAGGAUGAAAAUUAAAUGAAAAGUGAGCGAGUUAAAAGAAAUCAAA